ACGUCACUCUCAUGCGACUUCCUUAUGAGACAUCGAAAGUGUGGAGUUUGAACGAGUGGCUGAAAAACAAAUGUUUCAGCUUUAUUUAAACCUCAAAGUUAACCUCACGUAGUCAGUUUUAACUCAGGUUUUGUUAUUCACUAAAAAUACCAACAAACUCAGACUUUUAGAACAAACUAAGAGUCAGAUCAGCAGAAACAAAAACAAGGAAAUGUCUGCUGUAACUGCGUCGCUUUGCUCGACUUUGCUGUUUGUCGGUUUCGUCGUGUUUGUCUCUGCAGACCAGAAAAUUAUCACAGCUCAGCCUGGACAGAAAAGCGUCACUCUUCCAUGUCGAGCUCCAAACAACAGCAGCACCAUCACUGGUGUAGAGUGGAGCAGAGCUGACCUGGCAGAUGAAUAUGUGCUUUUGUACCGGGAUGAGCUGUUUGAUCCAGACAACCAGCAUCCAUCUUUUAAGAACCGGGUGGAUCUGCAGGACAGACAGAUGAAGGAUGGAGACCUGUCUUUGAUUCUGAAGAACGUGAUGAUUAAUGACACUGGAACAUACGAGUGUGAGGCCUUCAUGAGAGGAACAAAUGUGAAGAAGAGAGCUAAUGUAGGUGGUGAUCCCAUCAGCAUCGUCACACUGAAAGUUCUUCCUCCAGACCAGAAAAACAUCACAGUUAAGCCUGGACAGAAUGUCAUGCUACCAUGUCGAGCUCCAAACAAUAGCAGCAGCAUCAUCGCUGUGGAGUGGAGCAGAGCUGACCUGGUAGAUGAAUAUGUGCUUUUGUACCGGGAUGAGCAUAUUGUUCCAGAACAACAGCAUCCAUCUUUUAAGAACCGGGUGGAUCUGCAGGACAGACAGAUGAAGGAUGGAGACGUGUCUUUGAUUCUGAAGAACGUGAUGAUUAAUGACACUGGAACAUACAAGUGUCAGGUCUUCAUGAGAGGAACAAACAUGAGGAAGAGAGCUAAUCUGAAGACUGACCCCAUCAGCAUCAUCACACUGAGAGUUGAUCCUCCAGGAGGAUCUGUUGGACUGAUCGUCGGUCUCAUACUUUCUGCUGUGCUUCUUGUUGCUGCUGUUGUUGGUUUUCUGGUCUACAGAAAACAUAAACAACAGAACCGAGAUUUUAACUAGCAUCCUGAUGAACAUCAGCAAGUUUGAAAUGUCUCAGAGCUUCUUACAUGAUGAUGCUGGGUAAGAGAAGCCUUCAUUUGCCCAUACAGGCAAAAACACAGAAGUAAGUCUGACUGAAGAAAUAUAAACACCAGAGUCUAAGUGAAAUACCAUAAGUUUGCUUCAUUCCAAAGGCUCCACAGCACGUUGUGUCUGCUGUCCUAACUGUUCUGCAAGUAAGAAGGAAUUAAAAAAGCUAAUGAAACAAUUAUUAAAAAUUGCAGGUUAAAAAUAAAUAACGUUCUCCAGCAUCUGUGGGAGGAUCCCAAGAAAUUAGACCCAAAAUGAUCCAGGAAGGGUCAAAGAUAUUUUUUUUAAACAUCAGGCAGAGAACUUAGACAAGAUACUAAAUAAUGUUGUAAAAAGUGUUGAAACCUUCGCCUUAACUGAAUUUUUAUGCUUUUUUUGUUUUGUUUUUUACAUUUAUUUUAGUCUCAUUACAUGCAACACUGAGUAUUUUUCGCUUAUGAUGUAAUGAGAAUUGUAAAUUUAUAUGAUUAUUAUUAUUGUUAUUAUCGCAGCUGGAUCUAGAGUAGGAGCUAGUAGCUAGUCUGGAGCUAGUUUAUUGGUAAGACUAGACACCUUUGGAGUAGGAGUCCCACACUAUAUCCAAUAAGGGUCCUGGCUAGACCCCCCAUGCUAAAACAAUGCCACGGCUGCGUCUGCAGUCAGUCUGCAGCUCGGACACAAGCAUUUCACUACAUGUUGUACUGUGUAUGUGACAAUUAGAAUUUGAAUUUACAUUUGAUUGUAUGUUUGGUCUCAGGCAGCUAAAUGAGUUUGUAAGGAAAAUGAAUAUCUGUUAACAUGUUAUACUCUUUACAUUUCUGUGGGACAGACAUGAGUUUCCAUUUUCAAAAAAUUAAGACAUCUUCAAAUAAAUACAAAUAUAUUUCAAUGUUUUCCUUAACAACAUAUUCUAUUUCUCAUUGAACUUGUUUGAAGCUAAAUUUAAUUUCAGUUGACAUCAGGAAUUUACUUUAUUUAUGGUUUGUUUCCCCACAGUAUUCAUGAGUUCGGUGCCUAGUGUGUUACAUGUUAAACCUCUGUUUGUAAAGUCAGACUUGUUCUGUGAGGUUUGAACCAAAUGAACUGAUCCUCAUGUGCAGAUCAGCUGUUACAUAAUUACAGACACUAACCGAUCAAUAAUCAAUCUGAUGGUGUUCAUUUGGCAACUAUAACUGAAUGAAUGUUCUGACAGUGUCAUGAAACCAAAGAUAGAAAUGAUUUCUGUAACAGUCAGAUGUUUCCUCUGAUCUGUGAAGAUUUAUUGAACUUUUCAUUACAUGAACACUUGUGUUGUUUGUUCUCUGGUUGUUACUUCAGUGGAAAUAUUUCAAGAGCUAAUAAAUUUUUUACAUAAAUUA